CUUUGGCGAUACCUUUUCCAAGGCAGACCUGCCAUUAGAUUUCACCAACAGUAUUCUAGAUACUUCAUUACCCAGGGAUUCACGUCCUAAACUUGACAAUUGGUAAAGCAAAUUCGCUAAAGUACUGAAACACUCUUGUGGGACGCUGGAAACCCAAAGAGGUCUUGGAGAAGUCAGUGUUUUCAACGCUGUUUCAAUCUGACUUCUUAAGAAUUGUGUACAUAAACCAUCAAUUUCAUUUGAAAGGACUGUAUUUGUUAGUUUUGGGUUCAAAGUAUAAGACAAGACGAAAUUGGAAUUUACCGAUUUGAAGAGGACUAGCAGAACUGAACAACUCCAUGCGUACGAAAUGGUAAUUUAACAGGUUUAAUGAAUGACUUGGCUAAUAAAGAAGUAUUUAUCAAACUAUCCGCAGCUAAAUUUAAAUGAAAAUUUUUGAAUUCUUGAGAAAUAGAAAAAAAGGCGCAAAAAUUACUGAAGACAAAACAGCUCUGAGGAGUUAAGGAAUAUUCAUCUCCGGAAAUCCAGAUAACCAAAGGCAAAACGCUGACAGAUAUAUUCAAUGAAUUUAAGGACACAGUUAUUAUCUGAAACCUCGAAACAAUGGUUUAGGCUAUUACAUGCUAAAGUUAUCGUAAGUAAGUCAGUUGACCCAUACUUUAACUUGGCUCUUGAAGACUUUCUGUACUCCAACAGUAAAUCUCCUCGGUCUUUAAUUAUUUAUACCAAUACCCCUAGUGUGAUUAUUGGAAGAAAUCAAAACCCUUGGGUAGAAUCCAAUGUGAGAAAAUGCAGGAGCAAUUUAAUCAACAUUAUUCGUCGGAAAUCAGGAGGCGGUACUGUAUUCCAUGAUUUGGGAAAUGUGAACUAUAGUCUUCUCACAGACCGAAACGAGUUUUCACAUACCAAGGGUGCUGAACUGAUAAUUAAGGCUCUUCAAGAAUUAAACGUAGGAGCAGAGCUUAACCAACGUCAUGAUAUUGUUUUAAAGGAAACGAAGCAAAAAAUAAGUGGCUCCGCUUAUAAAAUCAGCAAAGGGAAAGCUUACCAUCAUGGGACCAUGCUUCUGAAAUCGGAUUUGGGGGAGAUUAGUAAGUAUUUGAAAAGUUCAACGAAUGGCAUUAUCUCAAAAGGUGUUUCGAGUACCCGAUCUCAGGUUGGAAACGUUGAACUUGCUCGAAUAGAUUUUAUGAUGGAAGCAAUUUUAAGCUUUUUACGCUACGACUUUGCUCGGCAUUCACCUAAAAAUAACUCUAGUAUUUCUCGCUUUAAUGAUCUUAAAAGCAUAGACUCUAUUCCGGAAGACAGCAUUAUGUUUGUGAAUUCAGAUGAUCUUACUGGUGUGCCGCAUAUAUUGAGAACUAUGCAGGAGCUCAAAUCGUGGGAUUGGACUUUUGGACAAACCCCAUUCUUUCAGCAAUUUUUAACUACAAAGGAUUUACCUAUUGGUGACCACAUGGUUGCACUUAAUAUAUCUGUACGACAUGGAAUAAUUGAAAACUUCAGUUUUUCAAGUUCAAAUGAUCACCUUCAACAAGAAAUUAUGAAUUAUCCUUGGAAAGGAAUGGCAUAUGAAUUGGGAUUUGUCAAUUCUUUUACUAUAAAUAACACUCCAAGCUCAGAAGCACUUGUUGUUCUCGAUUGGGUGUCCAAAAAUAUCUAGCCCAACAAGGAAAUACUAUUUUCCCAAAUUUUAUCAGCUAAUUCUUCGAGAUCUAUUCCUUUUAUCUUGGCUACAGCUUCUGCAACGACCACGGUGUUACAUGGUUCGUUCCUUCCUUUAACCAUACAUCCUUCUUUAAAUCUCUCUUUUUUGCAUGUAUCAAAAACGUUUUUGGAAUCCAAGAAAGCAUGGCCAGCAUGCGAUGGACGUAUCUCACACCAAGGGGCAUCUGUAGAAUCCAGUUAGAAUUUUUUUUUUCAAAAUUAUCAAUAAUUGAUAUAGCAUAGAAAACGUACCCGUCUCUAAUAACAUUUUGUCCAAAGGAAUUGCUUUUACAACUGCAACAUUUUCAGGCGUUUUUAAUGAGCAACCGUUGACUCCAACAUAUAGGUCAUGAUCGACACAUUGCUGCAUCUCCUCGAUCGUUCCGGUGAAAGAAUGUACAACACCUUUUUUAGGUAGAUUUGGUAAAUAUUUUUCGAGGAUUUCAAAAAAGUCUUUGGCUGCAUUCCUUGAAUGUAAAAAUAAAGGCAAUUGCAUUUUGACGGCAAGCUUUAAUUGUUCUUCAAAGUAUCUUUUAAUGUUAAAAAAGGAACGCUAAAUUCACUUAAUAGUAGGUUACUCACGUUUUCUGUACUUCUGCUGGAGCAUAAUGAAGUCUGUCAUAAUCUAAACCAAAUUCACCAAACGCAGCCACUCUCCCUGUUUUCUUUCCUUCAAGUACCAGGGCUUCUAAUUGAUGGAGGUAGUCUUCAGGUCCCUGAGGAUUCUUAUUAAAGCACUCGGCCUGACAAGGAUGCACUCCAAUUGUACAUGUAAAAGAAUCUGCAAGUUAGCUUCAUACUACCAUUGAAAAAAACGUCAAUUUUGUUUAUGUAUGUAACCGUUGAUCGCUUAGGUUUUUUUCAUACCAUGUUGGUUUGCAAGCUUUAAAGCUUCUCUUGAAUUUACGACAUUGUCACCAGUAAUCAUCAUUUUUUGGACACCUUUCGACAACGCGCGAGAAAGGAUAGCGUCAAAAUCAUCUACAUGGCGUUGUUUCUCAUGAUAAAAGCCUCGAAAAACAGGAUCUGUUGCGUUGAAUCCAAUAUCGUAAAACCGAAGACUAACAAAUAAAUCAGUAUUAGACACGAUCAAAUUGCUUUACUUUUUGUAUCGUAUUACCUCUUUUGAAUUGCCUGUUUUACCUGAGCCAUACUUGAACAGGAAAUUAAGGAUGAUUUUUGAUUUUUUUAUUCCAAUGAAGUGAAGCUGAAAGAAGAACUGGGCACUGACAACUACUUCUAUUUUAAAACUAGUUCAUUUCUCGUAUAAAAAGUAUUUACUUUCUUAAACGAUAUAUUAUUUAGUAAAUAAAUUUCUCUCAAUA